CAUAUACGUAUAGGCUAUUAAGUAUAUAAAGGUAAAAAAGGAGGACAUUUCUGUGAUAUUGAUAAUUUAUAUGUAUGGAAUAAAAUGGAAUCGAAAAGAGCACCAACCAAAAAGUUGGCUGAAAAAUGGCGACGUCCUUCUGUAUCAGACGACGUAACUACGUGCAAGAUCUGCUCGCGUAAUCUCGUGGAACCUCGCACGUUACCGUGCAUGCACUCGUUCUGUGAGGAAUGCAUCCUCGUGCUACUGCAGUGCUAUGAGAAUCAGAAUAAGCUAGACCGGACGUUUAACUGCCCGACCUGCCGCGUGCGGACACCGUGUCACGUGCUUGGCAAGGUGUCCAGGCACUGGAUCAAGAUGUUUCCCAGGAAACAGAUUCUUGACAGUAUGAAAGAAGCCAUAUUGGUCGUGGAGGAGAUGUGCAACCCGUGCUCUAUGACAUGGAAGAUCACCCCGGCCUCCGCCUUCUGCACGGAAUGUCACGUGUACACGUGUGCUGCGUGCCAAAUCGACCACAAGAACAACCCCCAGACUAAACAUCACCACAUGGCGAACUACGUUGUCAAGGAGAUGAAGAAUGUACCAGUAGCGAAUAUAUCAAAAUUUAAUUGCAAACAACACAAAAAUCUCAGGUAUACUUCCUUCUGUGAACUCCACAAAGAAUUCCUCUGUAACACGUGCCGAGAGAGUGUCGCUCACCGGAACUGCCGCGUGACAAAGCGUGUGAUCGAGGCGACGGGGAACAUCACGAAGGCAGAAACCAAGCUGAACGUUAUCAACACUCUCAAGCGUGACGAACGCAGCCAGGGAAAGCACCUGCUAAAGCUUAUUAAACAGGUUGACGCCAUCCAAGGGAAACUUGAGCGUUGCCGUCAAUAUCACGUGGAGCUAUAUUGUAACUACGUUAGGCAGGCAACUAUUACCGAACAAAAGACAGAGGCGGUCGAUGCCCUCAAAGGAAAACUGGUGUUCGAUAAGACGCACCAGGAUCAUGACGUCAUCAACAACACAAUGACCAAGGUCGAGGACAUCCUUACACGUUACGUGGACGUCUUCUAUGACGUUACAGAUGCCGAGGAAAAGGCUAUGAAAUCUGAAAUCAACAAAGGGAUAUUGGAUAUUGAGAAGAUUCUUGCCCGGCCUGCUUUCGACGCGUUCAUUGCAAAGAAAGACCCAUUGGUGACGGAGAAGCCGGCAGCAGCUAAGAAGCCCGGAAAAGAAGCCAGGGCUGUAGAGAUCCCCUUAACGAAGACCCUUCCUCCUGCCAAGAAAACGGACGAGCUUGACUUGGAGAAGGAACCUCUGCAUAUGUGUAAGAAGCACAUUGAUGACACGUUGUCAGAGGAGGCAUUCCGGCGGCUAGGCAGCCAGUUCCUGUCGGUUGGCGCCAUUGUUCACGGAAAGAUGGCCGGUACCGCCUUCCGGGUGGGAUCCAGCUAUGUCAUGACGGCCGCGCACACUGUCCGGGAUAUUGUGGACCCAGACCGUAAAGGGAAUGCUGACUGGACCGCUCUGGAUGAUCCUGGAGUCUUCUUGACCUUUGACUCCCCGAUGACGUCACAAGGUCAUAAGUACCGGUUGAACCCGCAUGUGUGUUUUCUCGACGACGACCUGAACGUAGCGGUCCUUGAGGUGAUGAUGGUCGACGGCGAGCCACUCCCGCCUCCGGUCGUUCUCACGCGAAAAGACUUGCUGUCUGUCGGAGUUCCGGAAGUGUCCGUUAUCGGGUACGGACACGUUGGUUCUCACAGCAAACAUUUGGACGUCAAAUGUGGCGUCUUAAGGCGGGAUUCCGAUAGAGUUGUAGAGGCCCUGCUAUGGUUGAAGAGGGAGGAACGAAAGCAUAGGUGUAACCUGUUUGUGCGACAAAAGGACGCCACUUCCGUCACGUGGAACUAUAACGAAAUGCACGCGCAUGGCCGGAUAGCACUUGACUGCUGUAUGGAGUACCGGGCACUCGGGGCUCCCGUCAUUGUCGACACGGGUCCUUCCGGUGUUGAGGUUCUGGGUGUUCUCACCGACAGUACACCCGACUGUAUAACCGAGUGGCCGCGCUCCAUACAGGAUCGCUACAACGAGUACAGGUUCGAGAUCGCCACUAUGACGUCAGCAAUUUACGAGAAAAUGCGCUUCGAGACAAGAUCUCUCGCAGACGACAUUUUCAUACGAGAUAAAAACUAUUAUGACUAUUCCAAGUACGAGCGGGAAUCGACUGCUACAUCUGAUGGAAUAGGAAUGCUGUCUUUUUCCGAUACGUCAGAAGAAACUGUGACAUCAGCGACACCAGACAGAGUGAAGACAUCAUCCACCUUGACGUCAUGAAUGAACCAAUGAUAGAAACUCAGGAGUAUUUACCAUGUAACAAAUGUAUUCACUUUCAAUGGAUUCAAGAUGAAAAAGAAAUCGACACUACAAUGAUAUUGAUCAUUAUUUAUGUGUUAGAAUGUUUUAUUUGACAUACUAGUAUGAUGAUACAUUAAAGUGCAAUGAAAUGUACAACAUACUCAAUAUGGAUUAUCCUAAUACGUUAGAAUUGAGAUAAACAUUUGACAAUCGUAUACACCAUACAGUACAAUGGCUUAAAAUGUACAUGUGUAUAUUAACAAUCUUAUUUAUUACACAAGAGUGAAUUGAUAACAAUUUCAUUGUAUAACAACUUCAAACACAUUUCAAGGUUGCACGUUACAUACGUGCCAGAUUGUAUAUUACAUAAACUUGCAACGUUCAAGGUCGUACAUUGCAAACUAUCGCAACGUUCAAGGUAUACAUUGCAAACACUCGCAUUGCAAACACUUGCAACGUUCAAGGUCGUACAUUGCAAACACUUGCAACGUUCAAGGUCGUACAUUGCAAUCUCUUGUCGAGUUCAAGGUCGUACAUUGCAAAAACUCGCAACGUUCAAGGUCGUACAUUGCAAACACUUGCAACGUUCAAGGUCGUACACUGCAAACACUUGCAACGUUCAAGGUCUUACAGUGCAAAAACUUGCAAUGUUCAAGGUCGUACAUUGCAAACACUUGCAAAGUUCAAGGUCGUACACUGCAAACACUUGCAACGUUCAAGGUCUUACAGUGCAAAAACUUGCAAUGUUCAAGGUCGUACAUUGCAAACACUUGCAAAGUUCAAGGUCGUACACUGCAAACACUUGCAACGUUCAAGGUCGUACAUUGCAAACACUUGUCGAGUU